UUUAAAUAUAGGUAUACAAAUAAGCUAUUUGAUUAACAAAAUCAGCAUUUACAAAUACAUUGGUCCCACCGUACCUGUUGACCUAAUUUUAUUGUCAUAGUUGUAUGAUUACCAAGAAACUCGAACUGCCUUGAAUCAAGGGAGACAACCGUUACAAAGACGCUCAGAUUGACCUGACACACAAACGUGAUGAAAGUUGAGAAGACGUGUUUACUUCCUUAGUGGAAAGAUAAACUUCAGGAAAGUGUUGGUUGUCCUAUAUAUAUGAGUUAGUGAUCAGGAACAUUCGACAGACGCCUGUGACAUGGGACAGUGGUGAUCACCUGGUCCAAGUCUGGGAGAGUAGCACCUGUGUCUAUAGAUAUCUACCUGUGGCGUAAAUAUACUAACUUCCUGGAUACAGCCCGCCAUGGAGUACCUGUUAUACAUGGGACUUGUAGUCUGUCUCUCGGUGACACAAGCACAGCCGAACGGCUUUAACAUGUUCAACUGUACGUCAAUGUAUGCGCCGCAUUUGGGAUGUGAAGCAUACCAAGGAUCUACAUGUGAUCCUGUAAUUCUGAAGAAGGAGUUUCCGUACUUGUACACUGAUGGACUUGAGUACCCUGAGAAGCCGUCGGAUUUCCACGUGGAUAUAAGUUACAAGUACUACGAAGGCUAUUUCAAUGCUUCGUAUCCAGCCUUCAACUUAACUAUUCGACCACCUAUUACAAGUAGUUAUAAAGAUGUUAGAGGAUUUGAAGUGACUUACAUGGAACUUAUUGCUGGAAACACAGUUGUGAAAUGUAUUAUCUUCAAUCUGACCGGCCAGAUCACCACUGCUGACAAGGAAAAUGAGGUUACUUUCAGAGCAGAAAAAGUUGGUCCUGUCUCAAGUAGAAGGGAUUACCUACUUAGGGCCUACAGUUUACCCAAGCCUGCGACCCAGUAUGAUACAUUAGAUAUGUCUCUUUCUGCAUUGAUCCAUACAGGUCCACCAUUCAAUGCAACAUCUCCAUCAUCAGCAGAAUGGACAACAGUAAUAAUUUAUCGAAACUUUUCUCGGGAUAUCUACUUCUCGUUCAAUAGCUCUCCUCUACGAUUCAAUUUUGAGCGUUUUGAUGUAAGUCUGUAUAAAGUACCUGAUGAUAAGGAAACUUCUGGACCCCUAGUCGAAAAACAAGUUAUAACUGUUUUUGAUGGGGAGUUCAAAGAUUUGUUACCUGGAUGGUAUCGUCUUAAGAUAGUACCCGAAGAUCCAUAUUUCCAGGAUUCAAGGAAGUGUCUUUGCAAGGACAAUAGAAAUAAUUGUGCCACUUGUACUAGAACUAUUACAGCUGCAAUCUACAUACAUGAACCUUCCCCCACAACACCUGGACCUACCCCCUCUACACCUGGACCUACCCCCUCUACACGGGAACCCUCUGCCAUAAGUUCGUCCACCGAUGAGGUAACCACAGACCCGACCGGCAAGAUCGUAGGGGCCGUGCUAGGCUCCUUUCUUGGAGUCAUACUGAUAGUUAUCAUCAUCCUAUUUCUCAUCAUUUACCGAAGGAAACAGGGAGGAAAACAAGAUCCUGGACCAGGGAAAUAUGUGAAAGAACUCGACAAAUACCAAGGUCAAGUCAAUCAGAACUACGUCAACAAUAAGAAACCUGCACCAACGGGUCCAGGCCUGUUGAAGAGACAAAAUGUGUUUCUGGUGAACACCGAGGACCACCCGAAGCACCUAGGCGUACUGAAAGCUUUCUCUAAUUUCCUUGAGAAGGAAUGUCUGUGCAACGUGACCUUUGCCCCUGAUUCGAAAAUCGAUGACAAGCUCCAGUGGAUCAUACGCUCAAUGGACAUGGCCGACUUCAUUCUGGUGGUGCACUCUUCAGCAGCAUAUCUUCAGUAUAAGUCGUGGACAAAGAAUAAUGGUGAACUGUGUUACCAGCCUCUGACCAAGGCAGGAGAUAUAUUUGUACCUGCACUCCAGCAAAUUACAGAUCGUAUGAGUAGAGGCAAGGGUGUCAACAAAUUUCUCUCCAUACAGUUUCCCUAUACUGCUGACAAGUUUGUCAUCAAGGAAUUGUUUCGUGGUAAUCAGUACAAGAUCCCUACUCACCUGGAUGAGUUUCUAUGUCACUUGCAUGGCCUUAGUCACACACAGAAUAGACUGGAAGAUUUAAAGCUGCCUGUACGCGUCAGUAUCAGAUUGAGGCAUCCAGGCAUGAACCUAAUCGAUGCAAUUAAUGAAGCUGCUGAAUAUGAGAGCAUGCAUAGCAUCGAAAUAAACACCAGCGGGGAAAAGUUUGAUUCUGGCAUUGGAGAGGAAGAAACUCGCCCAAUCGGCACCCACAAUGGUGUAGAUUUCAACAGCAAUGGAUAUUCCUAUGAAAACACAGUUUUCUCAAACGGUAAUUAUGACUAUGCUAUCCAAGGUGAAACAAAUUCCAAUCAGUUAUCGCCAGAAUCCCCAACAACGCCGCAAGCAUAUGAAUAUGUAGAUAUGCAAUUAAAUCAAGGUCCUCAGAGGCAAAUGCUUCCGAAGAAAAGAACAGAACAAGAGGAGAUGUGGUCCCCACCAGAGUCACUACAUGAGGACCUUCCCGCUUACUUGGAGGUUGAAGGCGACAACUAUUCCUUCCAGCCUCACCCUCCCAGUCAACUAGGCGAGGAGGAUGUACAGAGCACACAGCUAAGAGAUGAGAUCCAUGACAUCAACAGACGCUACAUGACCAAACAGUUCCAACAACUUCUUGACAUCAACCAGGAGGUCGACGAGUGUGAAAGUCUGGGUGGUAUGAGUGUAUAGCAUUGGAGGGAAGACAGGACAAGGACAAGCUAAGCUCUCAUAGAUUAAGAUAGUGUCACAGCCAAGUUACUAAGUCCUGAAAUAUGAACACAUCUUGGGUAAGCGUUUGCUAUAUCCUUACUGGUUAAUCUAAGGUGUGACGAUUAGGUGUGUGUUUUAAGCGAUGAAAACUGAAGAUCAAGGAGAGUGUACAUUUUAUUAGAUAUAAUUCUGUAGAAAUCCAUUGAUUAAUGUACUGACGGUAUUUAUCCACCGAUGUAUGUUUUAAUUUACUUACCGAAUAUGUACAUAGCAUACAGGAAAUCAAUUUUUCCAACAAGUUGUGAUAUUUUUAUGAAUAUUUUUCUGAAUAUUGUUAAAGUCGAUUAUUUUGUUUCAUGUGUUGUUCAAUCUAGGACAAUAACGUGGUCAUUUUGGUAUUCAUAUUACUUAUCCAUAAGAACAAGAAAUUGUUGGAAAAAAGUAUUUAUGAUCAAAGUUAUUAAGCUUUUUCUCCCGAAAUGAAAGGAAAAAACAUUUUUGAAUAGACAAAACUUGUACCAAAUUUAUAUUCUCAAAUCAUAACUUGGCUUAAUAUUUUUAGAAAGGGUUAUUAUCAUUUCAAAUAUGUAUACACAUGUAUUUUACAAUUAGAUGGCUGCGCUGUUUGAAAUGAAACCAUUACAACCAAAAGUCAUAUUUACUGUCCGAAUUGGCUUUAUAAUAAACAGACAUUGAAUACAAAUUCAAUCACGUUCUUUAAGUUAGUGAUUUGAAAUAACUUUUCGGGGUAUAAAGAAAAGUAAUUUGUAUCAUAUUUGAUCCUUCAAUGUGAUCAAUACAAAUAGAUGUACAUGUAUAUUUUCUGAGUAAUCAUUCAUAGUAUCAUGACUUUCUUCACGUGUUAUAUCCUACAAAACUUUAAUCUUUUUCCAUUCUGCUGUAUCGUUCUUAGGUAAAGUGGUAGUAAAUGACAACUAACUUUGAAUUUAAACUCUAAAUUCAUCUCUAAAACGUUUUAAUCAAGUAUUACCGAAGGUCACUUUACUGUUGACAAACCUGUCAAUCCAACAGAUAAGAGUGAAGAAGAGAGAGGUAACAUAAAAGUAGUGAGAUCUCUUGUAAACAUCGACUUUGUAAAAAGUUAAUGCAAGAUAUAGCCAAAUGAAUAAAGAAUAAUAGAAUAUGGAAACUGUUUCAUCGCAGUAUUGUUCAAAAAAGAGAAUGAUAAAAAGGAUUUAUAUUGGUGAACUGGUUUCUUUUUCAUUCGAAACAUUUGUAUAAAACGAGUCGGAAGAAUUUAUUAUAUUUUCUUUACUUUAGAAAGCCUCUAGUGAGCUAUAAUGAUAACAGGACGAGAGCUAAAUCUCAUAAAAUGGAAAUUACCAAUAGAUUAUUUAAAACACAUGGUCAACGAACAUGUUUAAUUAAAAAACAAUUAUUGGCGCUAUUGUGACGUCAUAUUAUAAUCUGACAGACUGAAGGUCGUUUCAUUAUCAUUUUAUUACAUCACAAUGCGCCUCAUUAUAUUAGUUCAUUCUCAAAAAAAGAUGUAUCGACUUAUUAACACGGUAAUUAUGUGACGAAGAGGAUUGAUUAUUAUGUAAAUAAGGGCAUGUAUAGUAUGAAUCAGCACUGCUUUUCAUGUUACUUAUAUUUCAGGAUGUUUGUAAUCAUUUAAAUAUUAUUUUUGUAUUAAUAUAUAUAUAUAUUAAGAUUCGUUUUUAAAAAUUGAAAUAAGCAAGUAAAUCAUGAAUAUAAUAAGCUUGUAGGAGUGCAUUUAUUACCUGUAUAUCAAUCUUUUUCUAUUGUUGUUAAUACUUACAUUUUAAACUUGUUUAAUGUGAAAUUACUUGUUAUUUUAUAUGAUCUUUAUCAAUGGCAGCCGAUGUUUAUGGUUUUAAUGUACUGUCCACAUGGUUUAAAGAUUAUUUUCUGAAAUUUUUCCAAUAAUGUCCACAAACUAUCAAAUGUUGAAUAAAAUGUUAGGUUCAUAUUUUCAAAAGUUUGGACUUAACAAACUGACAAAUCUCAAGUGACACAUCGGCGUUUUAACAAUCCUUCAACGAAUUAGGAAGGCAAAUGUUUGAAAUAUUUAUCUCGAAAAUUGGUCGUUUUGUAUAAUGUAUUAACAAAUUCGCGUCAUUGAUGUCGGCUGCAGGCUACCGGCAACAUUUGAAAUUAUAAGAUUGUUUUAGAUGCUGAUUUUUGUUAUUCUA